GUACUUUUGGCGGACUUUCCUCGGUAACUUAUUCACAGUAUUUUAAAAGUAGUUUGCCCAUAGUAUUGAGAGUGGGAGGUUGUCUUCUGUAAUUUCAAAGUUACGUAUUUAACUACGUAAAGUGAAAUAUUCUGUUUCGUUGAUAUAAGAGUGCUAUUUUUUAAAAUAUGUUUAAAAGGCGUUAAAAGUGUAUAGUUGUGAAUUGUUAUAUUUUUUAUGUUUUUAAAUUCUGUAGUGAUUAUGCAGGAAGUUAUAUUAUUUAUUUUCACUUUCGCCUUAGUACUAAGAACAGGGGAUGCGCUCAAAGAAAAAUGCAACAAGGAAGAAGAUUUGUUACAGCGGUGUUCAAUGGCGUUACCAGUGCUAAGCUCACCGGAAAUCUCGUUCGCUUUAACACGAGAAGAAUUGGAUAAGAGUUGCGUCGAGUUGCGUGUCGGUAUAAAAUGCAUCGAUAACUACACAGAAAUAUGUAUGGAAAAAAGCGAACAAGUUAUGUUUAGGCGGAUAUACGCCGGUAUAACUGAUGUCGUGAAAGAGCUUUGCACUAGAGGGAAGUAUCAAGAUGAAUAUCUUCGACAUGCAGAUUGUGUGAAGAAUGUAAGGCAGGAGUACGAAGUUUGCAGUAAGAACUAUGAAGUGACGCUCACGACUGUAAGCAAUCACCAGAAGAAAGACCAGUAUCACACAGAUGAAACUCAAGUCGCAACGAAUCAUGAAGAUUAUCUAAGAACAGUUUGUUGUUCAUUCCAAGAAUACUUGAUGUGUUCGGAACUGACGGUUCAGAAGUCGUGCGGGGAUGACGCCGCUUUAUUUACCAGUGCAUUCCUCAAACGAAUGGCUUCUAAUAUUAUUAAGAACUUUUGCCUCGAUUAUCGGGGCCAGGAAUGCGGAUUAUCAAGCAAAGUGACGACAAUACAUCACAGGUUACAAAUAAUUCCUGUAACGCUUUUAGCGUUUCUAUAUCCCUAUAUCACUGGCAAAUUAGUUCCGGCGUAAAACCUCUUUGUAAGUGAACAAAGAAAUCGAUUUUUAAAAUUAGAACACUAAGGUAGAAGCGCGGGUUGCCAGUAAUUAGUGUGGAAGAAGUUUGUUGCGAGUUGCAAUGAUGCAACGUUCAGUGAACUGUAAAUAAUUAAUGUAGGUAGAUUGUUUCAGUUUCUCGGUUAAAGGUGAAACUAAAGUUUGUGUUUUAGCAGUUUAUUUAAAACAUAACCGGCAAAGCCAGGUUUGUUUAUAUAGAAAUACUUUAUUAUAAUUCAAUGAAUAAUAAUAAAAUAUAAUCCAAACAUUGUUAUUGUUAAUCUCAACUUCCACCUCAAGUUAUUUAUUCGAAUACUAUUCACUUUGUAAAUAAAUAAUUUACUCGUAACAUGUAUAUAUUAUAAGAGCGGCAUUUGAAUUUAGAUUGUUGUAUCAAAUUUUCGUUACGUUGUAAAUUUUAUAAAUGAUAUAUUGUUUUUUUUUAUAUGUAUAAAAUAAUUUUACGUAACAAAACAGCGUUGCGUUUCUGUAAUUAUCUGUCAUGCAUAUUAAUUUUGAAUCUAACCAGAAAAAUCUGAGCGAAAUUGAAAACAGUUCUUUGUAAAUAUUAUUUCAAUGAAGGCUAUUUUUUAAAACAAAAAAUAUAUAUAUAUAUAUUUGUCCAUCCUAUUAUAUUUUAUUAUGAAGUAAUCUUUAUUUAUUUUUUAUCUGUCUAUUAGUUUCGCGCCAAAAAUGAGAGAUUAAUUUCGUUUGUCAUAAUUAAAAAAAAAAAAAAAUAGACGACGUUACUUAUUAGUUUUUGAAAAGUAAUAAAUUUCUAACUAAAGUUAUGCGAAUAAUGAUUAUAUUUAGAUCGUCCUUAGUGUGAUAGUGUAAAAUUUUUAUUCGAAUAUUUGAAGUGUUAAGUUUUUUGCUUACAAUUUGUAAUUAAAUUAAAUAAAAAUAUAUUUGUUCAAUUAUACUUUAGCUCUAGACACUUUAAUAAAUACUCAAAAAAUUAUUAGGUAGGUAUAUAAAGAGUUUUUUAAAUGAUCUAUGAUCUGUUCCCACUGGCAGCUAUUAAGUAAAUAAUUUAAUUGAUUGUAUCUGCCAUUUUUACAAGUUGUUGGGAUUUUUGUAGGCGCUUUUGAAGCCAUUGUUGAUCACUUGUGUAGAAGUGGCUUAAAUUUUUCAUGUCAUAUGAAUGAAGGUGACACUUCCUAUAAAAUGACAAAUUGAAUCGAACAUCUUAACCACGAAAUUAAAAAAAAGAAGAUUAUAAUGUCAUUCUAUCACAACGUGGACCACUAUCGUAAACCUAGUUAGAGUUGCCUUUGUUAAUUUAUUUUAAAUAAUUUAUUACUUAAUUGUAAUUUGUAAAGUUGUUUAGAGAUAUACAUAUAUGCAUUAGUGUUUAACGACAAUACUUACUGCGGCUGAAUAUUUGUAUCUAUCUUAUAUAUAAAAUAGUUUAUUAUAUAUAUAAAUAUAAUUUUUCGUUUGUAAUAUGUAUGUAGUAUAGUAUAUAAAGUGUCUUAGAGAUAAUAUAUUAUUGUAUUCGUUUAUAUUAUUUAAUAUUUAGCUCAGAACAUCCUGUGAUAGUUGAUAUGUAUGUGCUAUGAAAGGUCAAUGAGAUUUUUGUUAAUUUCUGUUCUAAGUACAUAAUGAUUAGAGACUGCGUGUAUUAAUUGUCAGACACCGUAGAAAGUAGUGAAAAUGUAAAGAUAAUUAUUACCAUAAAAAUAGUUUUAUUAAUUGAAGUAAUUUUAUUUAUUUCAUACAUAAUACACUUGAGCUAACCUAUCUAACAAGUAGUAUUAUUUUAUGUAGAAGUAUAUUCUUAAAAAGCCAAUUAUUAUUCGGUUCAACAUUCGACAUUUAAAUUUAAAACUCAGGCAUUCGAAAUUAUAACAUUACUGAUGCAAUUAAAUAAUGGCAAUUAAAUAAAAUAAUAAAGUGUUGCCAGCGUCAAAACUACCGUUACGUAUAAAUAUUGUCUUGAGUAAUCAUGAUUUAGAGGCACUGAAUUCAAUGAUAUCCUAUACAUUCAUCAUAAAAAAACAGACCCCAGGAAGGGUGAAUAGUCUAUAUUCGUGCCGCCUAGUGACCGUUUUAAAAUCACAGCACUAACGAAAGUUUUAAAAACUUUUAUACAUAAGUACUCAUGUGGUGCAGAGCUCAAAUAAAUUGCUAUGAAGGAUGAUAUAAAUCUUCUACCGCUAGAAAAAUAAUAUAAAAUAAGAAUUAUUACAUGAGAGGUAACUUCUGGUAAUCGCUUUUUUUUUAAUUUUGAUGUAUAAAAUCUGAUGAAGAUGUUGCCGUAUUCAUUUUCGAAUUCGACUCUAUGGGACAUGAUCAUUGCUACAGCAUCUCGUCGUUAUUUUCUUAAGUCUAGGUGGCCUGAUUCUUUUAGUAGCUAGUUAUAAGAUAUAUCUCGAGAUAUAGUCUAAUCGAGAUAUAUAGUAUAAUCAGUCCCAGAAUAAUGUGAUUGGUUUUUCUGCUAAAUGAAUCUUAGUAGCAACCUUAAGAUAGGAAAUUAGUAAUGUUAUACUCCCGUACGUUGAAAUUUAUUGUAGCCUUUCAGAGCCUGAACUCUCCGGUAGUGUGGAUGGUCGUCCCAUCGAAAAAUGUGAAGUAUAAAAUGGCCGAUGGGGCUGACAUUAGGCCAGGAGCACAUUGUUUGCUUAGGUCAUAUAGAUACGGCAUCUGACCAUAAAGCUAGUAACAUAUGUUUAAAAUAUAAUCAUAUGUAUACACAAUGUCGUAGGUUUAUCUCAACUCUUUUUUAAUUACAAUCCUCAUGCAAAUCCAAUGUUUUAUUGUACCUGAUAUGAUUUUGCCAGAAUCGUGCCUGGCGAAUGUCGUUUCAAUUACGUUAAAGUAAUGAAUUAAUUCAAUGUAUACCACUACUUUAAUUAUAUAAUGAAAGAUUGUUAACAAUUAUACUAAUUAUUACUAAACUAACUAUUGGAUGUAAGAGUUUUUCACUGAUUUAUGAAAUAAGAAAGAAAAAAAAUUAAAUCAAUUCUACUUGAAAUGGUACCUAAAAAAUUACAAAUGUUACAAAAUGUUUAUUUAAAUUUAAUACUGGCCCUAAAAAGUCUUUAUUUAUUAUUUAAAAUUAUGAAACAAAAUAAAAAAGAAUUAGGUUGCUUUUUUUAUUAAUAAUUUUCAUCUUUGUCUUAAUUGAGUACUUCAUUAGUUUUUAAUAUGCAUUACAUAUCACUAGCGUUUUUAAUAUGUGUACCUAGGCUUGCAUUAUAUAACAGUAAUUUUUGUAGAUAAUCGAUUAUGUAUAAAAAUAUAUUAUUAAUAAAAAUAAAUGACCUCGUUGUAACGAGAAAUAA